CCGUGAAGUCAUGGUGUGUCAAGGUUUGACAGAUAAAGAACUUCUGCCUCAUGAACAGAGCCUUGACCUCAACCCAACUGAUCACCUUGGAGAAGAACUGGACCACCAAAUGAACCCCAGAUCUCCUGGUCUAACAUCAGAGUCUAAUCUAACUAAUGUAAUUAAUGCUAUUGAGGCUGAAUGAUCACUAAUCCCAAACGCCACCCUCCAAAAUCAAGUGGAAAGCCUUCCCAGAAGAAAUUGUGAGAGUCGAGUGCACUCAUAAAUAACUUAUUGAGCCAGCAAAACCAGGACACUAACAACCCACUGUGAACACCAUAGUAACUAUGGUCUCCAUGGUAACCAGAGGUGACCCCCCCCAACAGUGUGCUUCUACCCUCAGUUUAUACUCACCUGGAGCUCGAAGCAGGUGGCUGAUAGAAGAGAUGAAUAGGAAAGACUGGAGGACAGAACCUGCCCACCAAGAAACAGGGCAAAUCCUUUUUUCAGGUCCUGAUGGCAUUGGAAAUUACAGAGUCCGGCAAUAUGAUUUUCAUAAUAGCAUUGGCAUUGUUGACUUGCCAGCUGAGGCCACAGGGGAUUUAAAUUAUCUCUUCCGGCCUGCAUCAGGCGCACCACCACCGCUGCCCAGACACUGUUACGUCGGAGAGGUGGGAUGGGGCAUUAUGUAUGGCUUCCAGCUCAAUGCCAGAACUUUACUUAGCAACCACCAGCUCAAGCGUUCUGUGUUUUGCUCGGACAUGGAGGACAUCUCAAAUAUUCCACAGAAACUGCCAGCAUGCUUUGUAGACAGUCAGGAGCCAAAGUGCCUGAAAGGAGGGCUGAUGAGAACCUUAGCUAGGACAACAAGCUGAGCAAGGGACCAGGCUCAAUUCAACCGAGGAAAAUAAUUCAACAAACGAAAUGAAUUCAUCAAAGGAAAAGAAUUCAACAGAGGAAAAGAAUUCAACAAACGAAAAGAAUUCAUCAAAUCAAAAGAAUUCAACAGAGGAAAAGAAUUCAACAGAAGAAAGCAACAGAGAAAACAAGUUGGCUUUACAUCACACCCGCCAUUGCAAGAGGCAACACUAAAGCGAUAAAAGGACUGAACAAUAAAAAUGUCCCCAAUGAUGUGCACUUAGUAUCAGGAGCAUUUACGUGGACACUUGCUUGUUUCGUUG